GUGACAAGUUAUAAGUCUUUCUCGAAGGAGAUGUAACACCGUAAUCAUAAGUGCUCAAGCAAGGAUUAGCAAAAAUGACUGUUAUAUUUUUAUGGUAAAGUUGUUGGUAAGUAUUAUGAAUUGCAAAAUCUGGAACGCUAAAUAGAUGAAAACUUCUUUCGUAUUUACGAACACGUUCCGAUUAAUUCGAAUAGCUAAAACCCAUAUAUGUAAAUAUAUCUAUGUACACUAAUUACUUUAUGUGAUUAGGGAAACCCAGAGAAUUAUUACGAAAUACGCAAUUCUAACGUCAUCGUAUCAACUCAUUGCGUUGGCCAUCGUAUGGGCUUAACGGUAUGGUUGUUCUUUCCAAUAACAGGGAAAAUACAAGGUAUUAUUAUUUAUAUUAAACGCCAUAUAAACGAGAACAACUUAAUGAUCACACGUUGUCGAUAGCUGUCAGAGACAGUCGCAACAAGGACUGAAUUAAAUUAACUUUUUAAUAAAGUUAAUUCCAGUCGUUGUUGCCAAUUCAAAUCUGUGCGUUACAUUUUUAAUAAAAAGAAAUGGCGUCUUUCAAACGUGUCUCAUUUGCGGUCACUCUUCUUGUUAUUGUCUUUUGUGCUGAAGCAAAUGGAUCAGUGAUGAAACUUAAGAUUCCUGAAGCUUGCCACAAAGAAGGAUUUUGUUCUAUUAAACCCGAAGGCUAUGACAAGCUGGAAGAGAAGAUCAAUAGACUUCUGACACCACCCUUAGUAAAGAGUUUCUCUGACAGGAUUGGCCAAAACCCAGAACCAGAACUGUCGCCUGAGGAAGAUUGGCAUAACUGCCCAUACAUUAAAGUGCUGGAUUCCAGUUACACUUUUAGUUACGAGAUGGGUAACAGAACGGACACUGACAUUAUUAUUCAAACUAAAUUGUUAAGUCAACCGAUUGAGACCGUCAAAUGCGCGUACGAGAAAAUUAACAGGGGAACUCAAGAAUGUUUCAAACACUUGCAAUUGCAUACCUAUAACAUGAUGUCAAGUUGUGAAACUUCAACAGUAAAACGUUCACUCCUCAUUUACGAUGAGAAAGCUGAUAUGAUUAAGCUGAAGGAAUAUGAUAUUCCAUGCUGUUGUACUUGCGUUGUCAGAAACGUUUAAAAAUGGCCAGUUGUAGUGCUACUCCCUCAAAAUGCAUUAAAUUAACCAAGUUGACAAUGCAGACACGAUGUGAUAAUGUAUUGUUAUGAAAAAUUACAGGUUCCUUAAUAUAUGGUAUUAAAAUAUGAAAACAG